CCCACCACAGCACCUGAGCAGAAAACAGACGUGACGGGCUGGUUUUAUCAGAAGCAGACUUCUUCUCUGCUUGUAUUUUUCAACGAUAAUGUUCAGGAAUCCCAUCUUCAUCGCAUUUAUCUUCUACUUCUGUAUUUCUGGGAUCGAAAACAAAGAAGAUUUCAAUGGGUUUACAUCAAAGCUGUCCAAGUACUCCAUUGUAAAACCACAGGUGAUCAACAACAAGUGGACAAGAAGCAUUCAUCGGACAUCUCAAACAAAAGAGACGUAUGGAGAAAAAGCAUCAUACACAUUGAAAAUCAACAACAGAGAACAUAUUCUUCACCUGCAAAAGAACAGAGACUUUUUACACCCGAAUUUUGUCCAGUAUUCACGGGAUGCCAGUGGUAACUACAAUGCCUCAUAUCCAAAACAUGUGCACUGCUACUACCAUGGAAGUGUGGAGGGAUAUGAAAAUUCAAUGGUUGCACUCAGCACAUGCUCUGGCCUCAGGGGUGUGAUCCUCCUUGAAAAUGAAACAUUUGGCCUUGAGCCUGUUCCACAGUCCACCACAAAUGAGCAUGUUCUCUACCUCCUGAAGGACUCUCAUUCCGAGCCAGUCUCCUGCGGGGUCAUUGGUGAGGCAGCAUCAGCACCUAGCUAUGAACCCUUUGAGCCUGCCCAGUCCAUGACUUCUCUCCUAAGGAAGAAACGCAGAUUACCUCAAACCAGUUAUGUAGAGUUGGUGCUGGUUGUCGAUAACCUCAGGUAUAUUUACAAGAAAAGAAAUGAUACAGCUGUCCGAGAGGAGAUGGUGCAAAUGGCGAAUCUACUGGAUGGGUACUACAAGCCGCUGAAUAUCCGCGUUGUGCUUGUAGGGCUGGAAGUUUUUAAGGAAAGCAAUCCUUUCAGUGUGGAUGGCUCCGCUGGAGACGUGCUGGGAGCGUUUGUUAAUUGGAGGAAGAGUACUCUAUUACCAAAAAUCAGGCAUGACAUUGGUCAGCUCAUUGUUGGUCAACCGAAGGCAUACGGGGGCGGUGUUCUGGGAAUGGCUUUUGUUGGAACCGUCUGCUCCGUUGCAACCUCCGGAGGAAUUAACGUGUUCAGCGAGAACAACUUGAAUUUUGUCUCUACUGUCGUGGCCCAUGAGAUGGGCCAUAACCUGGGCAUGAAUCACGACUAUAGUGGCUGUAGCUGUGAUAGAAACAGCUGCAUUAUGUCAGGGGGUGCCAGUGGUUCCCCCCAGUUCAGCGACUGCAGUGCGCGGGACUUUGAGGCACUGAUUCUUCGUGGAGGAGGCGUGUGUCUUAGAAAUCCACCCCCGGCAUCAAAUGUGAUUGGCAGCGCUGAAUGUGGCAACGGACGCCUGGACCAAGGAGAGGAGUGUGACUGUGGCUCACCAAAGGAAUGUAAGAACGUGUGCUGUGAUGCUGCCACCUGUAAGCUGACACGUGGUUCCUCUUGUGCUCACGGAUAUUGCUGUGACAAAUGUCAGAUCCAAGUGUCUGGAACUGAGUGCAGAAAGUCUUCCGACGUCUGUGAUCUUACUGAGUAUUGUGAUGGCAAAAGUUCCUUUUGUCCCCAAGACUUUUAUAUCAUGGAUGGACUGCCCUGCAAAAACAAUUCUGCCUAUUGCUAUGAAGGACGCUGCCAGACGUAUGACUACCAGUGUUUAAACCUGUUUGGAUCAGGUGCAAAGAAGGCAGAAGAUAUUUGCUUUCAAUAUGAAAAUACGAAGGGAAACGUAUUUGGGAACUGUGGGAUCACCAGCAGUGGAAAUUACAUCAAAUGUACUGUGGCGAAUGCCAAGUGUGGAAAGGUGCAGUGCACUGAUGUAAAUUUGGAUAUCCACCCUGUCGGUGCCCAAAUCAGUAUCCAGGUAGUUGAAGGAUCCCGAUGUUUUAAUGCAGAUUUCAACCUUGGAUCCGAUGUGCUUGAUCCAGCUUAUGUUAAGCCUGGCAGUCCGUGUGACACAGGAAAGACCUGUGUAGAUUUCCAUUGUGUGAACGCAUCAGUUCUGCUGCCAAAAUUGGACUGUGAUGCUCAGACCACCUGCAAUGGACAAGGAGUGUGUAAUGAUAAGGGACACUGCCACUGUGACAAUGGUUGGGCUCCGCCCAACUGCAACACACCUGGGCGAGGUGGCAGCAUUGACAGCGGUCCUGCUAUGAUAGAUUACUCCCUCAGGAACGGACUAUUGAUCUUCUUCCUGUUGAUUGUCCCUCUUCUCAUCGCUUUGAUUCUGGUGCUGCUCUACAUUUUCAAAAGGGAUUCCCUAGACGUCUGUUUGAAACGAAGACAAAAGCCACGCAACACAGGAAAUAGAAAUGCAAAUGCACCAGCGAACGACAGUGUUCAAACAAACGUGACAAGUCAGCCUCCAGGACAAGUUCCGCCUGCAAGGCCUCCAGGUCCGUCAGUGGUCUCUGCUCCAAUUUCAGGUUUUAGGUAUGGAGAAGUGGAUUACUGGAACCUAGAGACAAAUGUCAUUCCUCCUCGACCUCAACCUCCCGUUCAGGGUCCAGGAGUGCCAAGAGCGAUCCCUGUGAGAGACAUCCCAAAUUGAUGCUUGUUUUAUGUUGCAAUGGCAUUAGUGUAUGAGUGUUUCAUAAGAGACUGUUUUAAACCACUGUGACAAUUAGACACUCACUGUAAUAUGUAAGCACCUUAAAACUGUCUGUAGUAUUUGUGGUGUUGGAUACAAUGGGCAAAUAUCUGAUAAUGUGGGCUUUGUCUGGUCUUUACUUAUCACUCUUUAGUAUUUCAGCCAUAUGAACUCUUUAAAACAAACAAAAAAAAAACAAUAUUUUAUAUUUUAGUGAUAAUGUUUUCCAGAAUAUUUUUAAAAAGUUGUUUGGCUUAAGUGUUGAUAUUGUCAUACUGUCCUGAAAAUUGUAAUAAAAGUAUAAUGUGGGUUUGAAUGCCGUUGGCAAAAAUAAAAUAUAAUUAUUUUGA